AUGGCCGCCCCCCGCAUACUGUCGUACGCUGAGAUCGAUGCGCGGCUCACGGCCAAAGGCUCGCCGUUUGAGACGGCCGAGCUCGAGAUGAACGGCGUAAAGCAGAUCAUCUGGAAGAAUCAAAUCCCGACUUAUGGCCAUCUUUACGCGACUACCAUCGAGAAGUGGGCCGACCGCGUGUGCAUCUCCGCCCCGGUCGGCGACCCACACAAGGCGAUCGCCGGCGAGCGCGAGUACGUGACCUACCGCGAGGUCGGGGAGCGCGCAUAUGCACUCGCCGGCUGGAUGCUCGAGCAGGGCGUGGGCGCUGGCGACGCCGUCGCUGUCGGCGGUCUCAACACGGCCAAGCUCAUCAUCACCAUUGUCGCUAUCCAUCUCCUAGGCGGCGUGCCACUCGUCCUGAACGCCACACUCACCGGCGACGCACAGGUUCACUGCGCAACCCUCACUCGAUGCAAGCUCAUCCUGGUCGACGUCAAGACGGCCGAGGCGGUCGGGCCUGUGCGAGACCAGCUCGAUGCCCGGGGCGCAGGACCGACGUACUGCUGGGAAAGCCUCGACCUCCUUCCACCCGCCGCGCGCGCUGGGUGCAAGGAACUCGUCGUUAACCCUUCCCCGAAAUCGAUUGCCGAGGUGAAGAGCGGCCGUACCCGUGCAAGCGUGACACCUGACAGCGACGCAAACAUCUUCCUCACUUCUGGAACGACGAGCAUGCCCAAGGGCGUGCUGCUCACGCAUCGUAUCUCGAUGCACUCAAACACAUCCGCAGAGUUUCUACUCGCGCGACACGCCAUGCGUCUCGGUGCACCGUACGAGAUGGCCGUUGCGGCUGCGACGACGCCGCCGCCAGAGCAGGGCGUGCUCCUGCUCCCUGUCCCUCUCUUCCACGUCACCGGCUUCAUCGGCAUGAACCGCAACUUUGUCAGCGGCGGCAAGAUUGUUCUCAUGCGCCGCUGGGACCCGGACGCGGCCAUCGAACUCAUGCUCAAGGAGAAAGUCACGUCGAGUACUGGUGUCCCGGCCAUCUUCCAGGGUAUUCUGCAGGCGCGCGGCCUCACGGACAAACUCCAGCUGCAGGGGAUGAGCAUUGGUGGCUCCCUCCCUCCCGCUCGGCUGGCAGGCGACAUCCACAAGACAUGGCCCGACAUCUACAUGAUCGCCGCGUUUGGAAUGACAGAAACAAUCGGCGCGCACGUCACGCUUUCCGGCCCAGACCUCCGGCGCAAGCCCCACGCCGCGGGCAUUACUAUGCCGACGGGCCAGCUCAAGAUCGUAGAUGCGGAGACGCGCCAGGAGUGCCCGACCAACGUGCCGGGCGUCAUCAUGAUGAAGGGCUCGAACGUGUGCAAGGGCUACAUCAACAACCCGGAGGCGACGGCGGCCGCGCUGUCCAAGGACGGUUGGCUGGACAGCGGCGACAUCGGGUUCCUGGACGACGAGGGGUUCCUCGUCGUCUGCGACCGCCAGAAGGACAUCAUCAUCCGCGGCGGCGAGAACAUUGCCAGCGCUGAAGUCGAGCACGUCAUCUACGCCGACGACCGCGUGGCCGAGGCCGCCGCCGUCGCGGUGCCGCACGACCUGUGGGGCGAGCUCGUGGGCGUCGCUGUCACGCUUGCGCCCGGCGCGACGGCCACGCCCGAGAGCAUCCUCGAGCUCGCAAAGCCCCGUAUCCGCACGCCCGCACACCCCGCAAUCGUGGUCAUUCUCGACGAGCCGCUCGCGCGGAACGCCAACGGCAAAAUUCUCAAGAACGAGGUCAAGAAGGAGGUUGUUGCGCGUUGGGAGGCGCAGGGCCGCGACGGCGGUGUUGUUAGAGCCAAGCUGUGAGAGUGUAGGGUUAGCAGAGGCAUCGUACAGACAAGAAUGAACACCGUAGUGAGCACCGGGAUUGAGUGGAGAGGAAAAGGGGGAUGUAUACUGGACAUUGCAGGGCAUCCGUUGAGGGAUGCACAGCGUGAGGCUGCGAGGUGUGACAAAG